AUGUCGUCCCGAUUCCCCCCUUCGUCCGGGUUUAAUUCCCGCGACCGUUCUCCCCAACGCUUUGGAGACCGUCGACCUCCCGCUGGCCCUCGCGGCCCCGACGAUGCCAGCCCGGCUCCGUUUGGCAGAGACCCGCCCCGCGGUCCGCGCGCCUUAGUCGAUUCCCCUCGCGGUGGUCCCUUCGGUGGCGGUGGCCCUCGCGGGCGAGGUUAUGGUCGUGAGUUAGAUCGCGAUUGGGGCCGCCGAGACCGAGAAUUUGAUCCGCGUGAGAAUCGGAUGAGCUUUGGUCGCGGUCGAUCGCGCUCUCCGACACGCGACUUUCGUGAUAUGAGAGACCCUCCGGGGCGUGAUUUGGAUCUGAUUCGCAUGCGACGCAAUUCUCGAGACAGCCUUUUGUCAGCGUCCUCGGGUGGUCCAGAUGGGCCUCCUUCCAGUGGUGGCCAUCCGCGUGGUGGUUCCAUUCGGGGCCGUGGCCGUGGGGAUUGGGAUGGAGGCCGCGGACGUGGCCGUCCACCCUAUCUCGAUGACCGCGAAACGUUUCGCCGGCGGAGUCGAUCCCGCGAUGGUUGGCGAGACCGUGGACGGGAUCGUCCAGUCGAUCGUGAUCGAGACCUCGUCCGAGAUCGAGAACGGGACCGUGACUUGGAUCGCCGGUUUGAUCGGCGCGAUGACUGGGACGGUCGACGACUGGAUCGUGAUGACCGGCCCAGUGACCCUUGGAAGCGACCUCCAAGCCGAGCUGGCAGCCGCGCGCCUAGUGGCUCGACUCCCGCAUCACUCCCUCAUGCACCACCUGUGGCUCUACCUGAUCGCAUCCCCGACCAAACUCUUGCAGAUCAAGACUGGAAAGCAUCGCUCCCGUCUGCCGCAGACCCUCGUCGCGAUGCUGAGCGUGCCGAGUCUGUGAAGGAUCUCUCCCCAGUUGUGAAGCACUCAUCUCCGCCAGCAGCUCCUCAAGUUCCUGCCUUUGGAUCGGUGACGGCUCCCAUCCCCAGCUCUUCUGCCGGAAAUGAUUAUGCCGACAAGGACCAAAACGAAUUGCCUCCCCAACCACCCGCGCAGCCUCCCACAGGGCCAAAGGCGGGUCGUGGCGAACAGGACCCAUUGAGCCGUGUAGUUAAAGCAUCCACAAAUCUAUCCGAGCUGUCACCGCCGACGGCUCCCGCUGCCAUGACCAAGCGGGAUUCGAUCCCUGGUGAACCGUUGCCUCCCGGCAGAUCCAGCUCUGUCACUUCUUCACCCACCUUCGCACGACUACCACAUCCAAGAGCUGCAUCCCCCGAACCAUCUGCCUCCCCACAGAUGCAGCCAUCCAACGUUCCCACCGGUCCGCGGGCGCUGCAACAGCGUCAAGGAUCUCUCCAGCGCGGCAUGCCCAAAGGCAGCAAGCAAUGGGUCCGUCCAGGCUAUCCACGCGCCCCGUCCCUUGCCAAUGCUCCAGCAAAGAGGGAAUCCAUUGAUGAACAUGGUCCUACCUCUGUCGGAGAAGAUUUGCGACACGGAUCCCGGGAACUUGAGCGCGAUGAGCUAUCACCGAACCGCUCUAGACGCAGUCCGCCGCAAGUGCCAACGGUCGAGAAAGAAGACCAUGAAAGAGAAGACUUUGAAGAUUCCGCACCCGUCCUCGGUUUUGAUGAGUCUGAGGAGGAGGAAGACGAUGAGAACAUUGUUUUCACCCAGGACUACUUGGAAGAGAGAAAGCAGAUCUUUGAGAAAGACAUGCGACACCUGCGGGCGGAGAUGCCUCCUCCUCCAUUGGAAGAUCAGACCAUCGUUGCUCUCCUGAUGAAUAUCCAAUUACUCGGCAUGGUUGCCCUCGAACCAGUGCCAGAGCGGCCAUCAGAACCCGUUCCCUCGGUGGAGAGGGACGAGCAACCUACAAAAGCUUCGGCAGCCGACCGAGUCGUUUCCUUCGCGUCCGCUGUGAUGGGUCGUGAACCGAUACCCAUUGGCAAAACCGUUAUCCCACCUGUUGUAUCCCACGAAGAGAUCACCAUCGACAGCCUACCCUUCCUACACUCCGGUCCUCCGACACCGAUCUCUGACAUGGAGGUGUACCAGGAAAAUACUACGGCUCAGGACCAGCUCAAGGACACCUUUCGCAAUGAACUCUCGAAGAGACAAAAAGAGAUCGCUAAGAAGAAUGCGACUCUCCGAGAAGAAUACAUGUCUUACUACAAGCCCUGGCGCCUGGCUGUGUGGGAUCGAGAUCGCCACAAGGAUCAUAACAAGUCCGUGACUCCUGGCCCUGUCUCCCCGCCGGCUCCCGUCCUCCCGCCCACGCCAGCGCCCAUCCCCGAGGGACGAGAAGGACGCCGUUACAAGGGCAACAGCGAACUUGACUUCCUCAAUGCAUUGAAAGCCUCUGAGAUUUCGGCCCAAGAGGAGCUGGAACGCCGGCGGACGAAAAUGGCCACCGCUCGGCCUGACUUAUCCCGCGAAGCAGUCAUUCCAGACAUGAUGGAGCCGCAUGAGGAAAAGGCAGGCGUCUACAAGGAUAUGAACAACAUCAUUGAGCCGGAAAAUGCCAUGGCCGUGUUUGGGUUUGUGCCACGUCCGAACGACUUCAGCCCCGAGGAGCAUACUAUCUUCACAGAUGCAUUCAUGGCGCAUCCCAAGAGAUGGGGCAAGAUCGCCGAGUCGCUACCCGGCCGAGAUUUCCAGCAGUGUAUAGUCCACUACUACCUUACCAAGGAGGAAAUAAAGUACAAGGCGAAGCUCAACAAGCGCUGGAGCCGACGGGGUCGCGGCAAGGCCAAAUCCUCCCGACCCAAGUCCAACGCUCUUAUCGCCGAUUUGGGUGUGGUCAAGCCUGACUUCGAGGGUGAAGAGGAACCCCAGGUUACCGAUACAGGCCGUCCAAGACGCGCUGCGGCGCCCACGUUUGGAGGCGAUGCAAACGAGGUGGGAGAUGGUACCGCCGCCCGUAGAGGUCAAGCCGGCAAAGAUGGCGAGGCCGCGGAGAAACCAGCUGGUCGGCGUGGCGCACGCGCCGGUGGUCCUCGAACCCAGCGCCGUGGUAGAGCGGCGCAACAGGAGCAAAAGGCCCAAGCAAUGCAAGGAAUUCCCAUGGGUGCGAAAAUGGAGAUGGGUGGAGAUGGAAUGCUCGAAGGCCUGCCCCUGGAUGCGGCUGACAAGGAGGCCAGUACCCCCAUGCCACGAGGCAGGGCGCCGCGUGGACGAACCAAAGAAGGGAUGUAUGUUUUCGAGUCCACCGAGGCAGAUAUACCCGCAAAACAGCCAGAGACGGGGUAUGGGUCGUUGCAGCCGACGAGUUACUGGUCUGUUCCGGAACAACGCGAUUUUCCCCAGUUACUUGAACAUUUUGGUCGCGACUUCGAGGGAAUUUCAAAUUUCAUGAAGACCAAGACGACCGUCAUGGUCAAAAACUACUACCAGCGCCGCCUCGACUCCGGUAAAAAAGACUUUGAGGAGUGCCUCCUUAAGGCAGAGGAAAACAAAGCCCGAGGGGAGCCUACGGGACCUCUUCCGGUGCCAAGUGUUGCCCCCAAACGACGUUAUGAAGCGACUCCAUCGUCCAUUGUACCCCGUCCACUUGCUCCACAUGGCGAGAUCGAAGCAGAUGAGGCUCGAUUUAGCGUCAAAGGCAAGCCUGGGACUCUGUCUCCUCAACCCAUGCCAAUGCCUGGACGACCUUUAUUGGAAAAGGAUCGCAGUCGCUAUCCGCCCUUGGCACAGGCAGUUGCUGCUUCUACGAUGCCCCCCAGCCUUGCUCUGGGUGAUCGGGGAGGACUAUCGCAUCGGAUGCCGGGCCCGCGUCUUGGCUAUUUCACUGACGACCGACGCGACUCUUCGAUCCUGUCGGCGCCUCGGAUGGAUCCCCUAGCACAUGGACCAUCAUCUCUGUUGCCGCCGCAAGCUUCGAUGGGCCCAUCUCAGCAAGCUUACAUGUCCGCGCAGCAGCCGCCGUCCCUCAUUCAACCGGCUCAUUCCCGCCAGCCCAGCUUGACCCAACGGCCGGGCUCGCCGUCACAGCUGCAAAGACAAGAACUCGAUCUUUCGUCGGUCCACCGCGACUCCUUUGCUCAAAGACCUUAUUAUGGUCUAGGUCAACCUGGUGGUCUUGCUCCGUCGCCGCGCCCCGUUUUGUCACCGGUCAAAGAUGUCCCUCGUACAAGCGCGACUCCUGCUCCGGAGUCUGCCCGUCAAGUGCCAGCUAAGCGUUCCAACAUCAUGAGUAUUCUCAAUGACGAACCAGAGGAGCCUCAACCACGAAAGCGGUUUGCUAGCGAGCACAUUGCAUCGACUCCUCCCUCGCGGUCUAUUUAUCAACCUAGCGCGCCGGUGCAGCAGCAUACUCCAUCGUCUCGAGGCUAUUCAGACUACCCUGGCUACGGCGCUACAUCGGCUGGCUCCGGUCCCUCUGCUAACAACGACUGGAUGGCACGGUUCGAUCCGCGAGCGCAACAAGGCUCGCAGCCACCACCGCCACAACAGCAGAGCAGUCGUCCGGCUACUUCAUUGGGGUCUCAGUCGUUCUCGCCCUACGCCCCCGCUCCUUCUCAGCCGUCUGCCUCUUUGAGCAAUCUUCCGGUCCCUUCUCCAGCACCGACUCCACCUCCCCAGACUGGGUCGCAGCGAUCGUCCUACCCUAAUGUCUUUUCCCAACCGCCUUCUUCCCAGGCCCCACCGCCAUCUGGUUCCCGUGAAGGCAUCUACCGACCCGGUUCGCCUCCACCACGUUAUGGCUCAUCCUCCAAUCUACUUGGCAUGCCCCCACGCCCCUCAGAUGCACAGUCAACAUAUGCAUCGGCCGCGCCGCCUACUCCUGCUGCGGCGCAACCGCAUAACCAAAGCUACCAGCAGCAUGUUCAGGGUUUAGUUAGUGGCUCACAAUCUCACCGGUCCAACUUGCCGGGUGGUUCCCCUCAGUACGGGCACAGCACCCCACCACCUUCGCACGGCUCUCGAAGCAACGGGGCUGGAUCGAUGCCUUCACUUGCGAGCUUUGGUCGCUCGUACACCCCGCCGCCCGCGUUCCACCCUUCCGUGGGCGGUGGUUACCCACCUCCCUCAUCAGGACCGGGAUCUAUCCCACCGCUUCAUCAACGGCCUCCACCACCGGGUGAGAAUGCGUCUACGCCGACACACCAGCGUGCGUACAGUCAAGGAAAUAAUUUACCUCCACCAUCGCAGCCUCCUCACUGA